GUGCGGCUCAGGCUUAUAAAAGGGCUGGGUACUGCCUGUGGGAGCAGGCGGCUGAGAGGCAGCGAACUCUUCUUUGCCAGUACAGGAGCUCGUGCCGUGGCCCACAGCCCACAGCCCACAACCAUGGGCUGGCAGCUGACGGUGAAGAUGCUGGCGGGCAACGAGUUCCAGGUGUCCCUGAGCAACUCCAUGUCGGUGUCAGAGCUGAAGGCGCAGAUCACCCGGAAGAUCGGUGUGCACGCCUUCCAGCAGCGCCUGGCUGUCCACCCGAACGGCGAGGCGCUGAAGGACAGGGUCCCCCUUGCCAGCCAGGGCCUGGGCCCCGGCAGCACUGUUCUGCUGGUGGUGGACAAAUGCGAUGAACCUCUGAGCAUCCUGGUGAGGAAUGACAAGGGCCGCAGCAGCACCUACGAGGUACAGCUGACGCAGACUGUGGCCCACCUGAAGCAGCAAGUGAGCUGGCAGGAGGGUGUGCAGGAGGACCUGUUCUGGCUGACCUUCGAGGGGAAGCCCCUGGAGGACCAGCUCCCGCUGGGGGAGUACGGCGUCAAGCCCCUGAGCACCGUGUUCAUGAAUCUGCGCCUGCGGGGAGGCGGCACAGAGCCUGACAAGUGGAGCUAAGGGACCCCACCAGCAAUCGAGCAGGAUCAAGGGCUGGAAAUAAAGGUUGUUGUAAAGAGAAA